AUGACUUCAAAUAUUGGAUUAAAAACAGUUUCAACAGAUAAUAGUCGUUAUAACCAAAAUAUAAAAAAAGUCUAUGAAAUGUUUGAUGAACAAUGCCACUGCCCUAUAUGUUUACAAGUUUUGGUGGAACCAGUAACAAUAUUGUGCGGUCACAGUUACUGUUUGUCAUGUUUAAAACAAUUUCUACAAUCAAGCGACAUAUCAGUGGGCUGUCCUAUGUGCCGUGUGAACUUGUCUUACCUUCAAAAUAACACCAUUCAGAUAAAUUCAAUAUUAAAAUAUUUGCUAGAAACUCGCUAUGGAAAUGAAUAUUUCGAAAAAAAAUUAGAAGUUGACCAAGAUCGUCUAGAAAGCGAACGUAAACUGAGUGUCAUGAAGAAACUAUUAAUUGGAAAUCAUCACGCACUAGCCAACAUUGGUCAGGAAGUCAAAAUGCAUCGUUGGACAUUAUAUAUUCGAUUUGCGGACGAUGAGGACGAAGUGGAUAUUGGAAGGUUUAUUAAAGAAAUUACAAUCAGUACAUCUGAAACACAACUAUGCACAUUUAAUUCAGCCCCUUACCGUUUCACAGCAACAGCUUUGCAACCAUUUUCUAUUAACAUAAAUAUUGAAUUUCAUACUAAUUACAAUACAGCUAAUCUACAAACAGAGUGGAAUUUAUGCUUCACUGGUAUUGGUAAUCAAAAAGAAAUCGAUUUAGAAUUCGAAGUUUAA